CAUAAGAGUAUAUGAAACGACGGCCUUGAUAUUUGACGAUUCAUAGUCACAAUAUAUACAGUCACAAACCUGCAUUCAACAGACUGAUUUUGCGAUCAGUUCACCAGGCACAGAUGGUUCUGUGUCUGCAUUUGACAAACGUAAAAAUUAAUGUCUGGGGGCGUAUUAAAACAAAUAAAAUAAUGUGCGUGCAAUGUUUAUUUAUCUCGGGCAAAUUUUUCACUAGUGAUUCGUGAUGAUUUUUUUUAAAUUAAUAAUAUUCAAAACGUCACCAAUUAUUAUUAUUAUUCCCUGCUAAUAUUCAGGAUAUUGUUCUAAAGUAUAUAUAUAAUUAUUCAAGGAUUUUUAGUGUAUACCCCUCAACUACACUGUGCAUCCAACUAAAUAUAUCAACAAUGUCCAAUUAUCGUUAAUAAAAAAAAAAAAAGUUACGAGUGUCGUUUUACAUCAAAUAAAAAGAAAAGUCAUGGAAGCUGUCAAUGGAGAACUCGAGACCAAGUACCAGAAAAUUGCUACAGAAUAUUCCAAGAUUCGUGCACAAGCAAAAAUUUUAAAAACAGCUGUUAUUGAAGAACAAACACGAAAUGCAGAUAUACGUGAACAAUUAAAAGAAAAAGAAGUUGAACUUCGUCGUGCUGAACAAGAAUUAGACAGUCUUUCAUUUCGCAAUCAACAACUCACUAAACGAAUUACUGUACUCCAAGAGGAAUUAGAUAAAACACAAUGUAAGCCUAAAAAAAAUCGAAGUAAAUCCUCAGAGAAUAAGACUCAAGCACCAAAUUCACAAAAUCAUCAUAUUCUUGAUGAGGAAUUUCAAAAGAAAAUUAUCGAAAAUGCUCAAUUAUUAUCGCAAAUUGCCGAUAAAGAUAAUGAAAUAGAUGCAUUAAGAGAGGAGAUUAAAUUUUUUGAAAAUAAAUUAACACAAUGUGAAAAAUCGAAAUUAGCAUUAGAAAUACAUUAUCGUGAAAUUAUUGAUAAAUUUGAACGUGAACGUGAUGAUUUACAAAGAAAAUUAAGUGAAAAACAAAGACAAGAAGAAACUGUUUCGUGGUCAAGUGGCGAGGGUAAACGUGAAGGAUGUGAUUAUGAUUUAAGAAUAGGAAUAACAAAUCAUCGUCAAAAUAAUAAUAAUAACAAUAAUAAUGAUCAUUCACCAUUAUCAUCGCCUUCAGCAUCAAGACGUUCAUCAAAAUCAACAUUAGAAAUGGGACCAAGAAAACUUUGGCCACCAACACAAGAAGAAAGUAGCGAUGAUUAUGAUUUUACAAAACCAUUGGAACUUGAAAAGGAAUUAAAUCAUUGGAAAGCGCAAUAUAAUAUUCUAAAAUUAAAAUACGAUGAAAUUAUUGAGAAGGAUCAUAUUGAAACACAUAUGGCUGAUAAUGAUUCUUUACAGCCUAUUGAGAUUAAUAAUAUGAUUGGGAGAUUAACAACACCAUUUGCUGUUCCGGAAGAAAUUGAGGCGAGGGAAGCAAAAAUUAGAGAAUACUUUUUAAGAGAAAUAGAUAAACUUGUUACGGAAAAACAUCUUUGCCACGUGAAAAAUCUAGCAAUCGCUACUAACAACGAAGUGAUGAACGUUCAUUUAGAUACAAGCGAGGCAAAAAGGGAAAAAUGUGAAACAGAAUUAAAGGAGGCACUCUCAAAUUGGAAUAGAUUGCAAGAGGAUAAAGAGGUUCAAGAAGGAAAUUAUAAAUUUCAAUUAAGUACUAUGAGUGAACAUCUUGCCAAUAUGAAUGAAAAAUUAAUUCAACAAACCGAAGAGAUUCAACAACUCAAAUUUGAGCUCUCGAACAAAAACACUAAAAGGGGAAAAUAAAAGACUAACAUUAAACACAAGUGUCGAUUUAAUCGGCAAUCUGACACAUUCCGUGAUAAAAGAAAAGAAAAUGCUAACCAACUUUUAUGUACAUAUUUAAAAAAAAAAAAAAUUACUAAACAGAUGACUAGCAAUGAAUUCGAUUCUGCCGAUCUUUACACUUGUAGUUAUCUUUUGAAUUCGAUGUUUUUAUUUAUAAAAUAAUAAAUAAAUCUCUAAAUGUUUA